CGCAGUGCACUCAACAUGGCGGCACCCGUUCCUUCUGUACCACAAGUUCACAUUUAGCAACAACAACAACGUACGGUAGAUGAUAUUAUCGAUAUUUAACGGUGGCGAUGUCCAGACUGGCUGUAGUGUUCGGGGGUUCGCGUGGCAUUGGGCGAGCAGUUUCUCAGCUGUUAGCACAGAGGGGUCAUAGGGUUGUGGUGUUGUCUAGGAAUAAGGAGGCUGCUCAGGCUACAGCUGAAUCUCUCCCUGGAGAAAAACAUUUGGGUCUAAGCUGUGAUGUCUCUAAAGAAGAAGACGUUCAGAAAGCAUUUGAGACCAUCAGUAAGACCUGUGGCACUGUGGGAUACCUGGUUAAUGCAGCUGGCAUCAACAGAGAUGCAUUGUUAUUGAGGAGUAAAUCUGAAGACAUGCUGUCUGUUCUUCACACCAACCUGCUGGGCUCAAUACUGACGUGCAGAGGCACUCUACGGAGCAUGCUCAGUCACGGAGGAGCUAUUGUCAACAUAGGCUCUGUGGUGGGUGUGAAGGGUAACUCUGGUCAGUGUGUGUACAGUGCCAGUAAAGCCGGACUGGAAGGAUUCACAUGCUCACUGGCGAAGGAAGUUGCUACCCGGAAUAUACGAGUGAACUUGGUGGCUCCAGGAUUCAUUCGGACGGACAUGACGGCAGGGCUGGAGAAGCAAGAAGCAGUGAGAAGAAUUCCACUGGGCCGUUUUGGGGAACCUGCAGAGGUGGCCCAGGCUGUCCUUUUCCUCCUGGAGUCUCCUUAUAUCACAGGACAGGUUCUGCUCGUGGAUGGAGGACUACAGCUGGCAUUGUGAUGAUUUCUGCCAGCAAAGCAUGUGAGCCGACUGCAUAUUUUUGCAAUGCUGAUAAUAUACAAUAACUAUUUACAGACUGCGUCAAAUCUUGCUAUUGUUAAUCACCUCCUCAUUGCUCUGUGGAAUUCUGAGUCACACGUAUCAUUGUGUAAGAGCAGUUUUGGUCCAUCUGGAUUGGAUUAAGGUUAUUUUUAGUUCACUGGAGUUUUGGGGUUAUGGCUGCAUGUUCACAGGUCAAUGUGUGGAGGACAUGACUCGCUUUGUGUUGUCAUGCUGAAAAUAAGUAUCCAAAUAAGCUGUGCUACAUUACACUUACAGAUGAAUUAAACCCCUAACUCAUAUAAAAAUAAUUUAAGAAAAAUAA